CAAAAAAAACUCUGCCUAGCAUUGCACAUCAAAUUCGCUUGUGUUAAAUUUAAUGCAUAUAAACUAAAAAAGCCAGUUUUAUGCAUAAAAAUUUACGUUCGACUUCACACUAGACAACUAAUCUCGGAAAAUGUUUGGCAUUAUAGUUUCUGGACGCUUGGUUCAGACAGAUUUUCACCCUGUUAGUGAAACACAGUUUCUUUUCAACAUACCAGAAGCUGAUAAUAUCAACCAUGUCGUCAUUUUUAUGACUGGUCAAACACCGUUCCCAGAUGGCAUUGGUGCUGCUGUGUAUUUUUCCUGGCCUCGCCCAGAAGGUCCUGUUUGGACCUUGUUAGGACAUAUCUCCAAUCAGAAACCAAGUGCUAUUUACAAAAUAUCUUCAUUAAAGACUCCUGACAAUGACGAUAACCAGAUACAUUUUGGAGACAUGUCCCACCAGCAAUCUCAUCUAGCACAGAUAGGGAUCUCUGUUGAACCUUUAGAUCAACUUGCUCAGCAGGUGCCGGCAUCUCAGGUUAAUGCCUCUACAUCAGCCUCAACUUUCAUGGAGUUUGCCACUAAGAUGCUAGAGAACUUUUUCAAUUUCUCGUCCUCAUUUGCUGUCACCCAAAGCCAGAUGACCCCUAACCUUAGUGAAACAUAUGUCCCCCUGAGCACACUCAAGAACUGGUUUGAAAAUUUUCAGAGGAGGCUUCAACAAAAUCCUUACUUUUGGAAAUCAUAACAAGCUCCUCUCAUUUUAUAAGUCCAUCUAUAGUCCAUUCACCACCUGGAUUUGAAUGAUUGUGCUUUAUGAAAAUAGUUUCUUUCAAAAUGUAAGAUAAUUUACACUAGUAAUACAUUUCUAGAAAUAUUUUUUACAUCACUUUUAAAAAGAUUAUCAAUUUUUUUUUACCUGUUUCUAUGGAAACCACAUAUCGAAAUAAUGUAUAAUUUUUGGAUCAUCAUUUUAAUAAUACCACUUAAAGUAAUUAAUAAAUUACUUAUAGAUCUUAUAAAGGUGCCAACAGAAUUUUAAAAGUUUGAUAAAGAUAAGUAAAAUUUUGUUUCAAACAGAAUUUCCUUUGUUGAAAUACGUUUCCUAGUAUGAGUUUUUAAAGAUUAUUGCAUGUGUUCCAAUAUUCAGUCUAAUUAAGUGCCAGUUAUUAAUACUUGAUAGACACCACAUUUUUUUUAACUAUAUAUUUUCAGUUAAAUUAAAUGAAAAUGCACAUUGUUAAUGAUAAUUUAUAAUCCUAAUACAACCUAUUACAUUUUCAUUUGCAUCGACACAAUGAAGCUAUUACCAAACAGGUCAGUGAUUCUCACAUUAAUAUAGUAGGAUAUCAUGCUGUGCAGAAAAUCAAUUAGAGAACCUUCACAUCCAACUUUGUUUUUUGAAAAUUUUCAAUUAGCUGAUACCAACACCUCAAAUCAAACCCUAGAUGUAGACUUAGAAAUAUUAUCAUUAAUGGUAACUCACUCCAUGAAUGUAUCAGCAAAUCAAAGAAGUUUUUUUUUAAAUUUGAUCAGAUAUUGUUUUAUGUUGGUUUUUUUCCCAUUAAAUAUUGUUAAUAAGAAACAUCACUGUUUCUUUUUCUUGAAGUAACUAUUUGAAAAUCCAGUGUUAUUAAGAAAAAUAUUUAACAAGUAGAGAAUGAUGAUAGAUAAUUUACUAUUGAGCAGUCCUGUUUUUACUCAAGGAACACAAUAUUGUAAAUAGUAUUUUUGCUGCAUUUACAGGUUCUUCUAAAAACAUUGGCAGGGCUAUACAGUAUUACGUUGCAUUUUUAUUUUUAAUUUAGGUAGCUGUAUCACACGUAAGGUUAGGACCAGGGUUAGUGUUAGAGUUGUGAUAUAAGCUGGUAUUCAUUUAAAUAUGCCCUACUAGUGUUCCUAGAAGUACCAAUUUUUUUUAAUAAACCUCUAAUUUUAAUUUGCUAACAUUUUCACUGGAACUUGUAACAACUAAAGUAAAACACUAUCGUUAAAGAAAUUUGCACCUUCAAAACUUAUUCAAAAGAUUAACUUUUCAAUUUUCUGAGAUUUAAAUUUAAAAUGUGUUUUUUUCAACACUUAAAAUUUAACUCUUAAAUUUUCACUAAAAAUAAAAUAAAGCUUAAACUUUGCACAUUUAGAAAGCUUUUUGAUUUUUUUUUUGUGUAUAAGGCAUUAGUAUGAAAUCAAUUUAAUUACAAACAUUGAUUUUCAGUUUUAGAUAACAAAACUAUACAUAUGUAUGGGUCUGUCUUUUCCUUUUUUCACUUCAGCUUUUUUAAUUUUGUUCUUGUGUGGUGUGCGAGAAUGGUUCAUCUACUUCAUAUAUGAUUGCAAAACUAUUGUUGUAUGUACAAUUGUGCAAAGAUUGUAACACAGCUACAUUUUAAACAUUUUAAAAUGUUUUUCUCCCUUAAUCUUUGCAUGUUCUGUUGUAACCUAAAAAAAUUUGUGGAAAUAGUCAACAAAUAGUGUAUGUUAGUAUAGUUCCCUUAACAAGGCUUGAGAUAUUUCGUUUUGUUCGAAAAUCAAAUCUGACAAUAGUGAUAACUAAUGUAACAGCAUUAUGGGUAGCUUUAGUAUUCUUAUCCAUAAAUGAAUAAUAAUUUAAUUCUAUUUAAAAUACUAUAUUUAAGAUACAAUUUUCCAUUUGCGGUAUACUUCUAAUUGUGCUGUAUAUUGUAACUUUUAUUAUCACUAUAACGGAAGUAUAGGGUUAUAUAUAAAAGAGCACUAGCUUUGAAUUUACAUUAGUCUUUUUAAAUACGGCUAGAAUAUAGUAAUUCAUGAAUAUCAUUUGAUGGAUUUCAUGGAUACUACCCAAAUCACUUUGUGAAUUUUCUGCAUGGCUAUUCGGAACCACCGUGUUAGUAGGAGACAAAUUCCUAGUUGCGUGUUUUAAAGCUGCUUAAAAAAUGCUGUUUAUUCUUUACCCUUUUAUUCUUUAUUCACCUCAAUAAUGCUUUAAUAAAUUUUAUUAUUGAACUAUUUAAUAAUUGGACUAAUGGUGUGGUGGAUUGCAAAUGAAAGCUGUUAUUAUGUUUUUUAUUGUUCACUAAAUAAACAUUUAUUGUUA